UAUUGGGUACCUGAGAGUUCAAAGACCAAGUGGAAAGUAUUGUGUAGGCAUACCACCGAAGCUAUGCGGUGUAGAUGGGAGCUGCGAGGCAUUUACAAACCAAAAAUGGGAAGGUGGACAAUAACAAAAUACGGAGGGGACCAUACAUGUAUAUUGAAUCAAAUGUCCCUUGAACACGGUAAUUUAGAUAGAGUAUAUGUUGCUUCUUUAUUGUUAGGACAUGUAAAAUGCAACCCGUCGUACGGAAUCAAGCAUGUCAUCCAGACUGUGAAAGACCAUACCGGAUACGAUAUAGCAUAUCAAAAGGCAUGGUACAGUUUGAAAAUGGCACGUGAGAUGGUUUAUGGCACAUGGGAGAGCUCCGUUCAAAAGCUACCCAAAUACUUGGGAGCUCUCCAAAAAUAUAAUCCAGGAACGAUUGUUGAAUGGCAACAUAAAGCCCGCGACACAUCAACCGGUGCAUAUGUGAUAGGGUACGUAUUCUGGGCGUUCAAGCCGUGCAUUGAAGGGUUCCAACACUGUCGCAACCUUAUCAGUGUAGAUGGGACCCAUCUAUACACAAAGUACAAGCACAAGAUGUUGAUUGCUGCUGCCAUGGAUGGAAAUCAACAGGUACUUCCUCUUGCUUUUGCUGUUGUCGAUGAAGAAUCACUUUUAUGA